AGUUUCCCUGUCCUUGGCUAUAGCUGUGCCAGAUCUACUCCUGACCUGUACCAGCUGUCAUCUAUCUCUCACCCUCAGAACCCUGUCUCCUCCCUCUCAAUGGCUCACAUCGCAAGCUGCAUGCUCGAUGUUGAAGGCGAGUCCGCCAACCCGCCGUAUAUAGCGAAGCCGCCCUCCCCACUACCCCCAAUGGACCCGACACAACAAGCAGCAUCAUCAUCAACAGAUCACAAGCCCUUCGUGUGGAGGAUGCACCACCCGGAGACCCGGAAGUACCAGCUCUUCCCAAAGGACCGUCAGCAACGGCCACCAAACAAGAGCCUCGACCCCGAGCAAGCCUUCGCCCUCGCCAUGGGACAGAACGACAAGACAGAGAAGCUCUGCAGCAGCAGUAGCGGCUCACUCCGGCUGCGCAUCAAGGAACACAAUCUCAUUAGACGGCGCAAAGUGAGCAUUCCCGAGUUGGGCCCCAUGACGACGGUCCAAGAAAUUCCCAUGGAUUCACCCACUAUCCCGGGGCGCCCACCGCUUCAUGAGAGAUCCGUCAGCGCACCCGGACACCACAUUAAGCCGCACCAGUCGAACGGAUCCGUCUCAUCGAUUGCCGCAGCCGACGCCGAUAGAUCUGGUUACACGACUCCGGCUCGCUCACCGGAACGACACCAACGAUCCACCUCCGAAAGCCAGACUCCCCGCCAACCCACCUCACCGAAGCAACUGGCACCUCUCGUCAUCCCUACUCACAUUGGCAACGUGCCUCGUCUUGCCAGACAAAUCUCCCACAACCGCAUGCGAUCCGGCAGCACCGACCAAGACUCUGUCCAGUCUUCUUCCCGCGCCGAUGAUUCACCUAGAUCACUUGCUCGAACUCCGUAUACGCCCUUGACCGCUUCUACGGCCCUCACGACUCCGCUGUCCGCCUGCCCUACUUUCCUGUCCGCUACAACUCCCGUAUCCGCUCCUAUUAUGGAGGAAUGUAGUUCGACGAAGCUUUGGGAGAUCAAAGAUGCAGCUACUCCCGUUCAGGCCAAGAACGAGAAUUCGGCAUCACCUGCCACCGAUGGUACAUCAAAGUCGUUCAUUCACAGCCACCGGAGGGGCCAGUCCGAGUCUGACAGUAUUAUGGACCGGGGACGGCCACGGAAGCGAAGUGAUGUGCGAAACAACAACGGCCACCUUCUUAAGCGAAGCUGCUCAACACGCAACAAGAGUGCUGAACGUCGGGCUUUCGAAGAGCUGCCCAGUGGAUGGCGAGCCGGUGAUGCACCCAGCCACAUUGAGCAAGACGAACUCUCAGCUUUGCAAAAGCAGGCCUUUGGACAAGUUUCACGGUUUGAGGUGCUGAGGAAGGAGGAUGUCGAGUUCCUUUCAAGGGAACUUCGUCAGCUCGAUGAGCGAACUGAGUAUCUACGCCGCACCUACAACUCUCUGCGAGCUGGUCGGCGCAAUUUGCACUCUCGCAUCUGCCAGUACCUCCGUUCUCCUCGUACGGCCAGGUUCAGCACAGACUCGAUGCUCAAGCAAGAGGAAGCUCUCGCUGAGCUCGACACGUCGAUUGACGACUGGGUGAACAAGCUGGAACAGGCGGAGAACCGUCGCACACGGGUACGCCAAAAGCUUCUGGAACAUGUCGCUGCUGCGGCUACUCUCCCCACUCCCGCCGCAAAGGCCGCGAGCGAGUCAUUGCAGCUCGCCAUGGGCAUUCGCCCGCCUCCACCAGUGGGUGUUGGAAACAUCUCCACUCCUCCUCGAAGCCCCGCCAAGAACUCCUUCUCUGCGCACACUGCUAGCAGCUCCCCUUCACCAAAACGGGUCGUCGCCCAAGUUCCCAGCACGAUUGUAGUGCAACCCGUCAUCGAGGAGUCUCCUGUUACCUCGGUUGACAAGCACGCUUCUUCGUUCAGUCACCGUCGCACCGGCAUGGAAAGCAUCCGCAUCUACGCCGACAGCGACGUUUACGCUCUUCUGGCUGAUGUGGAGAAUGAAAUUACCAAGAUGAGCGCCGCGGCGAACCAGGUUGAAGCCACUGCGGGCUUAUCGGAUGACGAGCAAAAGGAGAUCCAUCGGGCUCGUAGCCAUGAGGCUCUCAAUGGUCUUGUUAAUGAGAAGCCCACCGACGCCAAGGACACCGUUCCGUCUCCUCGCGCGCCUUCCCCUCCAGCCAAGGAUAGCCCGGUAGACGGCGAGGCUAUCUUCCUCACUAGUGCCGUCUUCCGAGGCUAG